AGUUCUUCCCCACAUCGUCGCCUUCGCCUCUCCCGCUUUCCGGUUAUUCUCCUCUCCUUUCUCUUCCUGGCGUCCUUGGAAUCUGGAUCUUAAGAACCCUACUGUUCUCUGGAUCCCAUCAAGAAGUACUCCAUUCUCGUGAUCGCGGCCGGAUCUGAGGGCUGUGCGGGUUAGAUCCCUCUUCCGAUUGGGCUCGAUCGGAUCAGAUCUGGUCUCGGGCCCUUUGGUUCUGGGAGGAAUGCAAUUGAAGCUGCGCUAGGUGGAUCUGGAUCUGGAUCUGGAUCUGGAAUCUCGGUUUGCUACAGUUUUGACUUGAUAUCACGAGAACAGUUUGAUUUCUAGAUCUAUUGGCCAGGUGGUGGCCAAGUAAUACUUGCAAAAGGUGUACUUUUGAGAUGCUAAAGAACGGGAUGGUAGAAUGCAGUGUUUGUCAUUCCAAAAUAGUCUCGCCAAGCCCAAGAUCUGUAUCAAGGGCAUAUGAUAAGCAUAGGAGCAAAGUAUCAUCCAGAUAUCGUGCUCUUAAAUUUCUUCUUGUUGUGGGUGAUUGUAUCUUGGUUGGUCUUCAGCCUAUACUAGUCUAUAUGUCCAAGGUGGAUGGGAAGUUCAAUUUUAGUCCCAUCAGUGUAAAUUUUUUGACAGAAGUUGCAAAAGUUCUCUUUGCCAUCAUUAUGUUAUUAUUCCAGGGUAGACGCCAAAAGGUUGGAGAGAAACCCCUUCUAUCAAUUUCUACAUUUGUACAGGCAGCUCGGAACAAUGUCCUUCUUGCUGUUCCUGCUCUUCUAUAUGCAAUCAAUAAUUAUCUAAAGUUUACCAUGCAGCUAUACUUCAAUCCUGCUACUGUGAAAAUGUUGAGCAACCUGAAGGUUUUGGUGAUCGCUGUCCUUUUAAAGAUAAUAAUGCGGAGGCGUUUUUCCAUAAUUCAGUGGGAGGCUCUUGCGCUUUUGCUGAUUGGGAUAAGCGUAAAUCAACUCCGAUCACUGCCUGAGGGUUCCACAGCACUGGGUCUUCCAGUUACGAUGGUUGCUUAUGUGUAUACAUUAGUUUUUGUUACUGUUCCAUCAAUGGCCUCCGUCUACAAUGAAUAUGCUCUGAAAAGCCAAUUUGAAACAAGUAUUUACCUUCAGAACUUAUUUUUGUAUGGAUAUGGUGCAAUAUUCAACUUUUUGGGCAUUGUAGGGACUGCCCUUUUCAAAGGACCUAAUAGCUUUAAUAUCCUCGAAGGCCACUCAAAGGCGACGAUGUUUUUGAUAUUUAACAAUGCAGCACAGGGCAUACUUUCAUCAUUCUUCUUCAAAUAUGCCGACACAAUCUUGAAGAAGUAUUCAUCUACUGUUGCCACAACUUUUACUGGCAUCGCAUCUGCUGCAUUAUUUGGUCAUACAUUGACCAUGAACUUCAUCUUGGGGUUAUCCAUAGUUUUUAUAUCUAUGCACCAGUUCUUCUCUCCGAUUGCGAAAGUAAAAGAUGAGACACCACUUAGAAAAUUAGAGAUGAUGGAAGAUCAACAUCCAAGGUCAAAGGAAGCUUCUUUCAUAGACAUGACUGCUGGUGCUGCUGAAGAUGUAUACUCGGAGAGUUCUUUUUUAUUGACCUAUAGAACACAGACGAGCUACCGAGUGGAUAAAAAAAAUACAAAUGAGUUACCAAGAAUAGUUUUUUUUGGCUUCUGUUGGAAAAUCUUAUUGUGAUCUGAUGUACAAGAUAAGGAACAAAGUCAGCAGUUCAAGCAGGUUGAUCAAACAUCAGUCAUGAUAUUCAAAAAUUAGACUUCUCCUAGCAACAUAUUGUUAUUUCAGCUAUAUUUACGUGAAAAUAUGGAAGCACAUUUCUAUAUUCUUUUAAUGGAUUAAUUACUCCAGUUACAUUGCA